AUGAAUUUACCAUUCGAAUCUUAUGAUCAACUGAAUCCAUCCUUAUACAGGAAGUCUUCACAGUCACCUUUCUGUUGCAGGAAUCGCUUUGUCAAGGAACAAAAAUGGGAAAUUGUUCCAGAUUCAGUAAUUCAAAAUCCUUUCAUGCUGAGUGCAAGGAUCCAUGAUAAAACAUACGAUGAAUACCUAUUACUCAUGGUCACAAUCUCAAAACUCUCAAUUGCUCACGUAAUAAUUUCUCCAGAAAAAUCAGAGAAAUUUACAAGAUAUAACAUCUCCACGAACGAGAACAUCAUCGAGCAAUCAUCGUUAAAGCCCAAUAUGAAUGUCAAAUUUUCGAAAAAUGAAAAACAAGCAAAUUUCAAUUUUGACAGCAAAGAACUCAUCAUAAACUACAACCCAUUCUAUAUAAUGCUCAAAGAUGAAAACGGAGAGUCUUUCGCUGCAAACUUUGAUGAUAAAGCAGUAUUUGAACAAAACCGCUCAAAAGAGAAAUAUCCAGAGCUAUUUGAGCCAUACAAGUUCAAUAACUUCGAAGAUCCAAUCAAGAAUGGUCCAACAUCAGUCGCAAUGUCCUUUACUUUCUUCGGAUCAAAUCAUAUCUCAGGUUUAGCUUCACACACGCUACCAUUAUCAAUAGGAUCGACAGUAGAUGGCGAGCCAAUCAGAUUCUACAACUCAGAUAUCAACAGCUACCACUUAGACAGUCCAAUGGCGAUGUAUGGCGCAAUUCCAUACAGUUUUGUACAUUCUAAAUACAGAACAACUGGCUUGCUGUGGGCAAACUCCUCAGAGACGUGGGUAGAUAUCAACAAAACGAAGAAUUCCGAAAUGAGAUUUAUUUCUGAAGGCGGAUUCAUUGAUUUCUACUUCUUCUCAGGUACAAACAGAUUUGUCAUCGACAGAUACACUCAACUCACCGGUCGUCCAUAUCUUUGGCCGAGAUUUAGUUACGCAUAUCAUCAAUGUCGCUGGUCUUAUCUUUCUGAAGAAGAGCUGACCACGGUAUCUAAAUCGCUUGAUGAUUUCGAUGUUCCACACGAUGUCAUGUGGUUAGAUAUCGAUUACACUGAUGGAAAACGAUAUUUCACAUGGGAUGAAAAAAAUUUCCCAACUCAUCAGAAAAUGAUUGAAAAUUUUGACGAUCAAAACCGCAAAAUCGUCACAAUUAUUGAUCCGCAUCUGAAAGUUGAUGAGAACUACAAAGUGUACACAGAGUGCAAAUCUAAAGAUUUAUUCAUCAAAAAUCCAGAUUUGUCACUUUUUAGAGGUCAAUGCUGGCCAGGUCUUUCCUCAUGGCCUGAUUUCUUGAAUGAAGAAACGCAGAAGUGGUGGGCGUCUCUUUAUGCGAAUACUCCACAAAAUGUUUACAUUUGGAAUGACAUGAACGAAAUCUCCUGUUUCGGAGGCCCAGAUACAUCCAUUCCAAGGGAUUGCCUCCAUGUGGACAACACAGAAGAGAGAGAAGUCCACAACUUGUACGGAUUUCUGAAUUCCAUGUCAACAUUCCGCGGUCUAGAGAAAACAAACAAGCGCCCAUUCGUCCUCACUCGCUCCUUCUUCGCCGGAACCCAGAAAUUCUCCGCUGUCUGGUCCGGAGAUAACAUGAAUUCCUACCGCUACCUCAAGAGCGCCUGCUUAAUGUGCCUCCAGUACGGCCUCUGCGGCAUCACGUACAGCGGAUCCGAUGUCGGCGGAUUCUUCAACAACGAGCCAGACGACAAGUUACUUGCCCGCUGGUACCAGAUUUGUGCGUUCACUCUCCCUUUCUUCAGAGAACACAGCUGCUGGGAAUCUGACAGAAGGGAAAUCUACGCGAGAAAGUCCGAGAAAUACAGGCAGCUAAUGAGAGAAAGCGUAAUUGAAAGAUAUAAGAUGCUGACAUAUUUCUAUACUUUAGCAAAAGUGUCAAAUGAAAACAGUUUGCCACUUUUGAGACCUUUAUUUUUGGAAUACGAAAAUGACGAGUAUUCUGAGAUUGAUGAUGAGUUUAUGCUCGGAGAUUCGCUUUUGGUCGUUCCUUUCUUCGACGAAAUAGAAAAAGAAAGAAAAUUCGUAAUUCCAAAAGAAAAUAUUUUUUAUUAUUUCACUUCACUUCAAAAAGUGACAUCUGACAUUGCAGCAUUUGAUGACGGCAGAACAUUAUUGUUGUUGAGAGAAGGAAAGGUUGUUUCCAAGCGAGAGAAAUAUGCAAAAACGAGCACCGACAUGUCUCAUUUCCCAAUUUCUCUGAUUUUUGCUUUGGAUGGAGAAGGAAAGGCAAAUGGAAGGUUCUACGAUGAUGACGGACUGUCUCUCGAUUUCGAAAAGAAGAAUGUGUACAGAGAGUUUCUUUACGAAGACAAGGUCAUGACAAACAAGAACUUGUCGAAAGAAAAUGAUUUCGCUCAGAAUUACGAUGUUUUUGUAGAAAAAAUUAGAGCUGUUCUGAAUUUCAAACCAUCAAAGAUUUCUGACGACAAAGGAAAUCAGUUUGAAUUUGAAUUCGCUGAUGGAGUGACAACAAUCAAUUGCCAUCUGAUGCUUAAUGAAGAGUGGUCCCUUCAUUUCGAAUAA